AUGACUGUGAGCCUGGAGAAAAGACGUGCAGACCUGUCGUCGCUGUGUCGAGUGGCCGCCUGUUUGAUUAAUGAACAUUUGGUUCAUGCUAAUAUCUCUGAGACAUCGAUUACACUCUCUCAUCCGCAAUCAGACAGCUCAAUCAUCGUCCGGUGCGUUGACUCUGGGAUAGAAAACGGCGCAAUUUAUCCCAGUCAGUUGAGGGGUGUGGUCACGUCCGAGGGCACCCCCAUUAAAGACGGAGCGAGCCUAUUGUCACUGUACGGAUCAUGUGCGAAGCAGGACGUCUCCCUUCUCUGUGCGCAGCUGGAGAACUCUACCAACAACCUUGAAGCACUCUACAAGAAGUCUCGGACACCACUCGGGAUUAACUCCUUUCCACUGGACUGGGAGCAGAUGGUUGUUCCUCGUGUGGACGUUACGAUUGUGGGUGACUAUGAUACAUGGAUUAACCAGGUGAUUCCUAAGGAAGUGGAAAUUGACCGUGAGAAGCAUGUGGUUAUUCCAGUACACGAAGAACAGCUCCCUUGGGUCACCGGCGAGUUUAAAGAUAUACCUGUGUUACCGGAUUCUAUCGCAGGCCGACCGCAGAGUUCUCUACGAACGCUCUCAUUUUCACUCACUAGUGAAAUCUGCAUUAAGAUGCCACUGAGUGUCAAGAUUCUCGGGCGCGUCCGCAAUAUAUCUCCCCAUGAAAUUAUGUUAGGAUCUCGAUUGGAACCCGUGUGGAGGAUCGUGGAAGAUGCUGCGACGUCAAUGGGCGGCUCAUUGAUCAUUGUUCGCGAAUAUGCAGCGGCAGCCACGCAAAGUGAGAAUCUGGGAUGUAUCAUCCGCCAGACCCUUAUAGAGCAUACCGAUGCCAUUUGGGGCGAUAUGGCCAAUAAAGCGGUCGUGCUGCGAGAUUACUGCCAUCAUUUGUUCCAUGCCUUCUUACCAUCCGUAAUGCUCCAUGGAGUGGCCCUGCAGGCUCAUCCUCAGAAUAUCCUUGUCCGAGUGGACCGCGUGACCCGGAUGGUCAAGGGAUUUGUUUAUCGCGACCUCACAAGUAUGGCAGUCCAUGUCCCAAAAUUUCUCGAAUCCACUUCCUUGGACAUGGAUAUCGGUCCGUCGAAGUCAUUAGAGCAGGUUUAUGAGAAUAUUCUACGAAUGGUGGUCCACGCCAGCACCGGUUCUAUCAUCCAAGCGUUCGGACUGGGGAAUGAAGGAUGGAAAAUCGCCCGAGAGGAGCUAGAGAAGAUGAUCCCAGUAGACCACAAACUAGCUCGAAGCAUUUUCUUUGUGAAGCCUACACGGCCGGCGCAGGCUUAUCUCACGCGAAAUAUGGCCAUCGAGGUUCGAAUGACGACAAAGCUUAAUAUGUUGCAUCAUUGCCAGAAAACAGCAUGA